AAAAGUUCCAAGUACCCAUAAUUUUUUAAACUUUUCCAAACAACUGCUUAACUUCUUAAUCUCUCUUCUGAGUUCUGAAUGAAAAGAAUUUCUCGCUCUAGGGCUCUGACUGAGAACAAUGGCGAUGUCAAGGAGAACACAGGGCAUAGCAAUGGCGAUAAGCUUCGUGAAAUCCCUAAUAAUCCAAAGAUCCUCCAUUCUUCCUGCCAGCUCACGGUGUCUCAGCGACGCCGUUAGCAGCGAGGUUGUCAUUUCCCACACCGCCAAAUGGAUGCAGGAUACAAGCAAAAAAUCUCCAAUGGAAUUAAUCAAUGAAGUUCCACCCAUCAAAGUUGAAGGUCGGAUUGUUGCUUGUGAAGGAGACAAUGAUCCUGCACUUGGACAUCCAAUUGAGUUCAUAUGCCUUGACCUGGAUGAGCCGGCGAUAUGCAAGUAUUGUGGUCUACGUUAUGUGCAAGAUCAUCACCAUUAGGUAAUGGGUGGUGCUGUAAUAAUUGUUGCCAUGGUUGAAGUGAUUUAGAUUGCUUCUGUCAUAAUUGGUUUUAAUAUUUGUUGCUACGACCUAUUUUAUAAAUAAGGUUUCUUGUAUUACCUUCUCUCUGUCUCUGUGCCAUGCUGUGAAUUAGACAUAAAUAAAAUUGAUCCAAAUAGAAGUUAUUUUCCCA